AUGUACGCUUGCUGCUCUACAGUAACUUUGGAACAGGACCUCAACAAAAAAAUGCAUAUCUGGAUAUUGCAGACGAUUGCAUUUGCUCUAACAUCACUAGUCCUUUCGUGGGCAGAAAGCAUCGAGUAUUAUGGGGAAAUCUGUGAUAAUGCAUGUCCUUGUGAGGAGAAGGACAGCAUCUUAACAGUGAGCUGUGAAAACAGAGGGAUCAUCAGCCUUUUUGAGAUCAGUCCACCAAGGUUCCCUGUCUACCACCUCUUGUUGUCUGGGAACCUUUUGAACAGGCUGUACCCGAACCAGUUUGUCAAUUACACGGGGGCUUCCAUUUUGCAUCUGGGGAGCAAUGACAUACAAGACAUCGAAACGGGGGCCUUUCAUGGUCUGAGAGGUUUAAGGAGGCUGCACCUGAACAAUAACAAGCUGGAACUUUUACGAGAUGACACUUUCCUUGGGCUAGAGAGUUUGGAAUACCUACAGGUCGAUUAUAAUUAUAUUAGUGUCAUUGAACCCAAUGCCUUCAGCAAACUGCAUUUGCUGCAGGUGCUGAUUCUCAAUGAUAACCUCCUCUCCAGUUUGCCCAACAACCUUUUCCGUUUUGUGCCCUUAACUCACCUGGACCUGAGGGGUAACCGGCUGAAGCUGUUGCCCUAUGUGGGCCUUUUGCAGCACAUGGAUAAAGUGGUGGAGCUGCAGCUGGAGGAAAACCCCUGGAAUUGCUCCUGUGAGUUGAUUGCUCUAAAAGAUUGGCUGGACAGUAUCUCCUACUCUGCUCUGGUGGGAGAUGUGGUUUGUGAGACCCCUUUCCGCUUACAUGGUCGAGACUUGGAUGAAGUCUCCAAGCAGGAGCUUUGCCCCAGGAGGCUCAUCUCGGAUUAUGAAAUGAGACCGCAAACACCAUUGAGCACCACAGGGUAUUUCCACACUACCCCGGCUUCGGUCAACUCUGUGGCCACUUCUUCUUCAGCUGUUUACAAAUCCCCCUUGAAGCCCCCCAAAGGGACCCGCCAACCCAACAAGACGAGGGUGCGCCCCACCUCCCGCCUGCCCUCAAAAGACCUGGGAUACAGCAACUACGGCCCCAGCAUUGCCUACCAGACCAAAUCCCCGGUGCCUUUGGAGUGCCCCACUGCCUGCACCUGCAACUUGCAGAUUUCUGACCUGGGCCUCAAUGUCAAUUGUCAGGAGAGGAAGAUUGAGAGCAUUUCUGAACUGCAACCCAAACCCUAUAAUCCUAAGAAGAUGUAUCUGACGGAAAACUACAUUGCUCUGGUACGCAGGGCAGAUUUUGUGGAUGCUACUGGGCUGGAUUUGCUGCACCUGGGCAAUAAUCGGAUCUCGGUCAUUCAGGACCGGGCUUUUGGGGAUUUAAGUAAUUUGCGAAGGCUGUACCUGAAUGGGAACCGGAUCGAGCAGCUGAGCCCAGAGCUGUUCUAUGGGCUGCAAAGCCUACAGUACCUCUUCCUGCAGUACAAUGUCAUCCGGGAGAUAGAGGCAGGCACCUUUGAACCUGUCCCCAACCUUCAGCUCUUGUUUUUGAACAACAAUCUGCUGAGGUCUUUGCCGGGGAACAUUUUUUCUGGUCUGUCUCUCUAUUUUUACGGGCUGAGCCUGCGGACCACCCACUUCUCCUCCCUGCCGGUGAGCGGGGUGCUGGACCAGCUGAAAUCCCUGCUGCAGAUCGACCUGCACGAGAACCCCUGGGACUGCACCUGCGACGUGGUGGGCAUGAAGCUGUGGCUGGAGCAGCUCAACACCGGUGUCCUGGUGGACCAGGUUAUCUGCGAGUCCCCCAAGAAGUUUGCCCAGAGCGACAUGCGGGCCGUCCGGGCGGAGCUGCUCUGCCCCGACUACUCGGACAUCGUCGUCUCCACGCCCACGCCGUCCCCGGGCCA